AUGACGAAGCCUCUCACAUUCGUACUGAUGAAACUUCGAUUCUUUGAAUACACCCGAGGUAGUGAGGACCUUACUUUGAUGGUUCCAAUAAAAUUUCUUUGCGCCAAAUCCCUAAAGAAAAACAAGGGUAAGGGAAGAAGUACCUUACAAGAAGACAUGGGGAGUGAUGAUGCGGAAUUUAUGGGCACUGCAUCGGAUGGAGUCGGUCUCUCAGACGAGCUGAGCGAGAUCGAGGAUGACGUUGCGAGUGACUUUCAUCACGAGAGUGACAGUGAAGAAAGUGAAGAACACGACGAUGAAAUUGAGGGUUACACUGAGGACCAAACAAGAAACGAUCCCAUGCAGGCAAAGUUGGAUGCAGGAUUGUUAAAGGGGAUAGAGUUGGAGGACUUCGUGUCUGAACAGCAGCCGGAUGCCCUUGCUCAACAAUCGAGGGCAGCUAAAGAAAGAGGUGUGGUUCGGAAUAAGUUUUUCAUGUGUGGUGGGGUUGCGGGUAUUAAGAUGGGAGGAUCCUUUGAAUGUUCAAAUUGCCCUAAGAUCUCCAAUUGCGCUAAAUUAGCGCGAAAAUUAAGCGAGGUUGACCACCAUAUUUGGAGCUUCAAUCAACAGAAUUUCCUUUCUCUCCUCACCACACCAACUCCAUACCAACUUACAGUAAAUAUGAGAGCCAAGUGGCGCAAGAAGCGCACUAGGCGCUUGAAGCGAAAGCGUCGCAAGACUCGUGCCAGAUCCAAGUAA